CUUCAGGAAUUUCCUGGUGGAUCCAUUGACCUUCAGAAGAAAGAAAAUGGCAUUGGCAUACUUACACUGAACAAUCCGAGUAAAAGGAAUGCCUUCUCGGAAUUCAGAGAUGUGUCUCGCUAUUAGUGUUAACCAAUAGAAAUACAAAGCAAGAAUGCAAGACACAAACGUGAGCCACAGAUGUAAUUUAACAUUUUGUAGUAACCAUAUUUUAGAAAGUAAAAAGAAACAGGUGUUAUGAUGCUACAACUUUUGGAAAAAGUGACUGAAUUGGAAAAUUGGACAGAGGGGAAAGGUCUCAUUGUUCAUGGAGCAAAAAAUACUUUCUGCUCAGGAUCUGAUCUGAAUGCUGUGAAAGCACUAGCAACUCCAGAGUAUGGAGUGGCCUUAUGUAUGUUCAUGCAAAACACCUUAACAAGAUUGAUGAGACUUCCUUUAAUAAGUGUCGCACUGGUUCAAGGUUGGGCGUUGGGUGGAGGAGCAGAAUUUAUUACAGCAUGUGAUUUCAGAUUAAUGACCAGAGAGAGUGAGAUUCGAUUUGUUCACAAGGAGAUGGGUAUAGUACCAAGCUGGGGCGGUGCUACCCGUCUGGCUGAAAUAAUCGGCAGUAGACCAGCUCUCAAAGUGUUAAGUGGGGCCCUCAAACUGGAUUCAGAACAAGCUUUAAACCUAGGAAUGGUUGAUGAGGUCUUGCAGUCUUCAGAUGGCACUGAAUGUCUAGAAGAGGCACAAGAAUGGCUAAAGCAGUUUGUCCAAGGGCCACCGGAAGUAAUCAGAGCUUUGAAAAAAUCUGUGUCUUCAGGCAAAGAGCUUUGUUUCCAGGAGGCAUUACAGACCGAAAGAGAUCUUGUAGGAACACUCUGGGGUGGACCCGCAAAUUUAGAGGCUAUUGCUAGGAAAGGAAAAUUUCAUAAAUAGUUUUUAAAUAUGAUGUAUUACAACUCCAAUGAUUAAUAUAUAGAAAAGUUAAAUGAUGUUAAACAUGUCAGAAUUACUUUGAAAGGUAGCACUAGUAUUUGGGUUUGUUUUUAGUAAUUUUUUGAAUACCUAAACUCAUUGGCAUAGUUUUCAGUAUACUGUAGCCCCCCCUUACUCUAUGACCCCCAGUGGAGGCCUGAAACUGGGGAUAGAACUGAACCCUCUGUAUACUGUUUUCCCUUACUUACAUACCUGUGCUAAAAGUGAAUUUAUAAAUUAGGCACAGUGAGAGAUUAACAGUAACUAAUAAUAAUAUACUGUAAUCAAAGUUAUGUGAUUGUGGUCUCUUUUAAAAAAUAUGUUGUUGUACUAUACUCACCUUUGCACUUCUGAGAUGCAUUUUAUUGCCCUCUCUUUGUCAGCAUCACUAUUCUGGAACUUUGGGGCUAUUAUUAAGUAAAAUAGAGAACUGCGAUACUCUGCAAGUCUGGUAACUGAGUGGGCUGCUAAGUGAUCAAAGGGCGGGUAGAGUGUACUGUGCAGAUACAGUGGACAAAGAGAUACAAGUCCUGAGCAGCACAGAGCAGGAUUAUGUGAGAUUUCAUCAGACUACUAAGAACAGUUUGCAAUUUAAAAUUUAGUUUAUUUCUGGAA